UUUCCCCCUCUUUUCCUUUUCUCUAGAUUCUUUUGAAUUGUUCUUGAUCUGCAACAAGCAAGGUCCUUUGUUAGGCAUUAGUGUUAGACAUCAAUGAUGAAUAAAGGAUUAUUCUGCUCUUCCAGGAGCUAGAUAAAGGCCUGGCUCAGCUUCUCAGUAUUCAGGGAAUGGAUUCCCUGCUUACUCCCUUCCUUCCUUCAGAUGCCACAAAAUGAGCACUUGAUUGAAAAUAUACUUAUACUCCUUUUUACAGACUACGCCAGGCCACAGGUAUGUCUAGAUGAAAGAUGUCUUGUGCUGUUGCUACAGACUCUAAAAGUUUGGGGAACCAGGGCAGUGUUUGGGUUUCUUCUGAGUCAGUAUUGGCAACCUUAAAACUUUUAGAAAUGCCUCCCUUUGGAGUGAAAGGCUGAAAAAGAACUGAAGAGGAGGCCAUAAGAGAUUUUCACAUUUAGAGAGAAAGUUUGGUUAGAAAGCUGGUCUUUUCUUUCUGUGUAUUGUUGAUAGAGUCCAUAGAGAACCAACUAUCAGCUCUUCUCAUUUAAAAAUUUCCCACCCUCUUAGAGCAUGUGAGAAUUGUUGAAAGUGGUGUUCAGUCCUUUCUGUUAAGAAGACUGAGGUCUUUUUUCUUCCCAAUCUUAGCAAACCCCUGAUUGCAGUAUAACUAACUAAAUAAAUUGCACAGGACUUGUGUACAUCAACUCCCAGCAAAGUCCAAAGAUCAAAGUUGAUAGAGGAUAUUGAAUUCCUUCCCAGAUUUCUGGGACACUGCUUCUGUGGACUGUCACCACAUAGAUCCUGGAGGAGUGGCUCCUUAAGAAAUAGGGUGGAGGAACUGCAAUGUCUGGUGGAGAACAGAAGCCAAAGAGGUACUAUGUGGGUGUGGACGUUGGAACAGGCAGUGUCCGUGCAGCUCUGGUGGACCAGAGUGGGGUCCUGCUGGCUUUUGCAGACCACCCAAUUGAGAAAUGGGAGCCCCAGUUCAACCACCAUGAGCAGUCCUCUGAGGACAUCUGGGCUGCGUGCUGUGUUGUCACAAAGAAAGUUGUGCAAGGGAUUGAUUUAAACCAAAUUCGAGGACUUGGGUUUGACGCCACGUGUUCUCUGGUUGUUUUGGAUAAGGAGUUUCACCCUUUACCGGUCAACCAUGAAGGGGAUUCCCGUCGAAACGUCAUCAUGUGGCUGGACCAUCGAGCAGUCAGUCAGGUCAAUAGGAUCAACGAGACCAAGCACAGCGUUCUCCAGUACGUUGGGGGGGUGAUGUCUGUGGAAAUGCAGGCCCCGAAGCUUCUGUGGCUGAAAGAGAACUUGAGAGAGACUUGCUGGGAUAAGGCGGGACAUUUCUUUGAUCUCCCAGACUUCUUAUCAUGGAAGGCAACAGGUGUCACAGCACGGUCUCUCUGCUCUCUGGUGUGUAAGUGGACCUACUCAGCAGAGAAAGGCUGGGACGACAGUUUCUGGAAAAUGGUUGGUUUGGAAGACUUCGUUGCAGAUAAUUACAGCAAAAUAGGAAACCAAGUGCUACCUCCUGGAGCUUCUCUUGGAAAUGGGCUCACACCAGAGGCAGCAAGAGACCUUGGCCUUCUCCCCGGGAUUGCGGUCGCAGCCUCACUCAUUGAUGCCCAUGCAGGAGGACUAGGAGUGAUUGGGGCAGAUGUGAGAGGGCACGGCCUCGUCUGUGAAGGGCAGCCAGUGACGUCACGGCUGGCUGUCAUCUGUGGAACGUCUUCUUGUCACAUGGGGAUCAGCAAAGACCCGAUUUUUGUACCAGGGGUCUGGGGGCCUUAUUUCUCAGCCAUGGUACCUGGGUUCUGGCUGAAUGAAGGUGGUCAGAGCGUUACUGGAAAAUUGAUAGACCACAUGGUACAAGGCCAUGCUGCUUUCCCAGAACUGCAAGCGAAGGCCACAGCCAGAUGCCAGAGUGUAUAUGCAUAUUUGAACAGUCACCUGGAUCUGAUUAAGAAGGCUCAGCCUGUGGGUUUCCUUACUGUUGAUUUACAUGUUUGGCCAGAUUUCCAUGGCAACCGGUCUCCCUUAGCAGAUCUGACACUAAAGGGCAUGGUCACCGGAUUGACACUGUCUCAGGACCUCGAUGAUCUUGCCAUUCUCUACCUGGCCACAGUUCAAGCCAUUGCUUUGGGGACUCGCUUCAUUAAAGAAGCCAUGGAGGCAGCAGGGCACUCGAUCAGUACUCUUUUCCUGUGUGGAGGCCUCAGCAAGAAUCCCCUUUUUGUACAAAUGCAUGCAGACAUUACUGGUGUGGCCUUAUCCUGUACAGGCAUGCCUGUGGUCCUGUCGCAAGAGGUGGAGUCUGUUCUUGUGGGUGCUGCUAUUCUGGGUGCCUGUGCCUCAGGGGAUUUCGCUUCUGUACAGGAAGCAAUGGCAAAAAUGAGCAAAGUUGGGAAAGUUGUGUUCCCGAGACAAGAAGAUAAAAAAUACUAUGAUAAGAAAUAUCAAGUAUUCCUGAAGCUGGUUGAACACCAGAUGGAGUAUUUGGCGAUCAUGAAUGACGACUGAAUGGGGCUUGCAGGUGCUGAUACCAGAAGGUUCUGUGCCAUUGCAUUAGAGACCUCUGUCAUUUCAUCUCUGUUCAAGACCCUUGAGGUAUUGCCUCAUCUUUUCUCUAUUGCCUUUUAAUAAAGAAAACAAACAUGUACAACCAGAA